CAGAUAUAUUCUUCAAAACAAAGGUUUAUAUUUGUUUAUUAUGUGAGAUAAUCGCCAAAAAACAGCAGAAUUGCAAAAUUUGUGAUUUGUCAGACUGACAGAGCUCUUUCUUAAGAAGAUUCGAGAGUUUUCUGGAAGGUUUUUAGCAUCUUAUAUAAAGUGAUCGCUUAAAUUUGCCAAAAUCAUUUUAAAACGUUUCUCGGUGAAGACUUCUGAUUUACAUCAAACCAACUGCAAGCGAUCAAGAUAAUGGCUCUCUCUGUCAAAGCCUAUCUCCAUUUACACCUAGGAGAGCAAGAAAUUCGACGAUUUACCAUCGAUGAAGGUGCUUCUUCUAACUACGACUACUUGCUGACGAAAAUUCGCACGGUCUUCCCAGGCAUCAGAAAUAAACCCUUGCGUUUGUUUUGGAAAGAUGACGACGAAGAGCUGGUCAUUUUUUCCAGCCAUGAAGAACUUGUCGAGGCCCUUGGCAGCAUGAAAGGCGACGUUUUCCGAGUUUUUAUCAAGGUUCUUGAUGGCCAAGAAGAAUCAAGUAAACAAGAUGGUAGCGACAGCACAUCACCUGAUCAAACUAUCCAUGAAGGUGUCAUUUGUGAUGGCUGUGAUGUCGUCAUUGUUGGAACACGAUACAAAUGUGUUGUUUGUCCAGACUAUGACCUCUGUAUGAAAUGUGAAGCUAAAGGACUGCACAAAGAGCAUGAAAUGCUGAGGAUUUGUACCCCAAGAGCAUGUCCAUGGUUCCCAGGUCCUUUCUCCUUCCCUCCAUCACCACAUGGCCCACAUCAUGGUCCACAUCAUGGCCCACACCAUGGCCCACACCAUGGCCCACACCAUGGAUUUGGUCCAUGGCUGCGAGGCCGUAAUGGUCGUUUUUGGGGUCCAAGAUGUGGUAGGGGUCGAUGUGGUGGCCCAAAAGGGCGUUGUGGUGCAACUACUGACUCCAAAUGUGACAGACAUUCAGAGACAGCACAAGAUGGUCAAGAAGUGCCCGUUGGGCCACCCUUCCUCCACAAUCUGGGAGAACAACUGGCAUCAUUCCUAGGACCUAUGGGAGUUGAAGUCCACACAUAUGCUGAUAAUGAGCAAGGUUGCUGCCUGGGAAACUGUACCUGCAAAACUGAUGAUAAAGGAACAGAGGGCACUUCUGCCGAGUCAUCACCAAAGGAUAAUGAAACACCUGCAACAGAUCAAGACCAAUGCCCCCCUUCUUGUGGCACAACGGACACCACUUCAGCUACAGGGGAUUAUGUUUUGGUCGACAAGGACAAACACAUUGAAGACACAGGAAGCACUACUGAAGAGAUGGAAGCAGCCACAGAUACACCCUUGGGACCUAAUGAAGCAGAUCCCCUUGAAGAAGCCAUCGCUAAAAUGAGAGACAUGGGCUUUGAAGAUGACCGUGGAUGGCUGUCGCAGCUUAUUGUAGCCAAAGAAUACGACAUUGGCAAAGUGCUUGAUGCUAUUCAGUUUGAGGGCAAAAAGUAAAAAUGCUAUUGAAAAGCAAACAGCAUUUAGUUUUUCCAACAGUUUUGUCGCAAUAUUAAAAAAUGUUUAAUUUUCAAAUGAAAUGAAACAUAUAUUUAGCCAGCCACUGUGAUACAUGUGGGUGUUUUUCAUGUGGGACCUCAUUGUGUGUGUGUGUGUUUGAUGCAGAAUUUCCCAAGUGCAACACUAAAUGAUUUCAGUGAUUUAGCCAUGCCUUAAGUUGGCAAGAAAAAUUCAAAAAUUUAAAAAAAAAACAUCUUCCAAAAAUCAUUAUUUAAUAUUAUUACUAAGGUUUAAGUUUAAUUUACUCAUUAUUGUAACACUAUAUUUAAAUUAAUAUUGCAAGAUUGUACUGUAGUCCUCUCUUUUUGUCAGAAUGAAUGAACAAAUAAAAAUUAAAUUAGCUUA